AGACCCGCACGCAAUUAAUGUUCAAAGACGUUGCUCGACGUUUCUGUGUGAUUAAAUCAUGGUGCCAACGAACAAGAGAUAACGCGUGGCCUCCAGAAAGUAUAAGUGAACCCCGGCCCACUCUGUUUUCUCGGAAAGGACUCUGAUGAGCUUCAACCGAUGUUUAGACAACGCGUACCGGAACGCAUCCAAGAUGGAUGUGCAGUCGACUUUGCGACUUCUGCAAACAGUCAUUGGAAGCGUUGGCAUCUUUGGUAACUUUGUUGUGUGCAUUGUCAUCGCCAAAGUGCCGGCCAUGAGAACACUGACCAACGCCUUCAUCUUCAAUCAGGCUGUCAUCGAUUUCCUUGGGUCCUUGUUAAUGGUUCUCGACAGCAACAUCGCAAUUCCGGCAGUACUCCAUCGUAACGCGUUGAUUGCCGGUAUACAGUGCUUUAUUUGGGACUCAAGUGUCAUUCUGUGGGUCAUUUACGUCGCCUCCACUCUGAAUUUGGUCAUGCUCACAUCCGAGCGCUACUUGGCAAUUGUGUACCCGUUCAAGUAUCUGACUUACUUCAGAAAGACACGGGCCACGGCUAUGCUGGUCGCAGUUUGGGUGUCGGCCAUCGGCUACAAAGGUACCAAUGUAAUCUAUCGCCAAAUCGUUGAUCGCGCUUGUGUGAUCGCCAGUCUGUCUACCGCGGCAAGCUUAGCUUGGGGAAUUGUAACGUUCCUCGUUGAGUAUCUGAUCCCAUUGAUCUUCAUGACUUUCUGCUACGUCCACAUCAUUCUUCAGCUGAAGAAAGCCUCGUCUACCGUCCACGCCGAGCCAUCAACCAGCCAGCAAGGAGACAACAGUAUGUCUGGCUCCCUGCUUCGCGCUCGACGUAACACGCUGAAGACCCUCUUCAUCGUCUUCGCGACAUACACCAUCUGCUGGUUGCCCAAUCAGGUCGCCUUCUUCAUGUUCAACUUCGGUUUUCCGCUGAACUUCAACGGCGCAUUCUACUUGAUCUCCGUGGCGUUGGUGCAGCUGAACUGUUGCAUCAACCCAAUCAUCUACUCCUUCAAGUACAAACAGUUCCAGACAGGUGUGCGAGUUUUGCUGAAGCCGUGCUGCCCUAAACUAGCUCAUACACGAGAGGGAGAAUCGGUGGCAGUUACACUGAGUCACCGUUGAAAUUAAGA